AUGUCAGCUGAGCUCAGAAUGUUUAUUGCCUGGACAACCCAACCAGCCUCCUGGAAGCAGGCGUGUGUGACCUCCAUACACUUCAGUAGUCAGAAUAUGGAGAACUUCUCACUCCUCAGCAUUUCUGGACCUCGAAUCUCUUCCUCUGCUCUGAGCACUUUUCCUGAUAUCACGCCCUCACGUGCCACCAGCUUGCCAGGCAUUGCAAAGACUGCGUCUCCUACUGAGGCGUCCAGCCCAGCUCAGGCCCUGCCACCCCAGUACCAAAGCAGUGCUCUCCGGCAUGGGGUGCACAACACGGUGCUCUCAGCAGGCUGCAUCUCGGGGGACCCCCCAAACAGAGAGAAGCUGAGGAGGAAUUGCACCAUCUACCGGCCCUGGUUCUCCCCUUACAGCUACUUUGUAUGCAAGGACAGAGAGAGCCACCUGGAGACCUACAGCUUCCCAGAGGUGCAGCGGGACGAGGGCAGGGGGGACAGCUGCCUCCCAGAGGACACGGCUGAGAGCAUCUGCUCAUCCUCCUCCUCCCCAGAGAACACCUGCCCCCAAGAGGCCACUAAGAAAUCCAGACACGGCCUGGAUUCCACAGACUACAUCACAUCCCAGGACAUCCUAAUGGCCUCCAAGUGGUACCCGGCCCAGCAGAACGGCUACAAGUGUGCGGCCUGCUGCCGUAUGUACCCGACGCUGCACUCCCUCAAGAGCCACAUCAAGGGGGGCUACAAGGAGGGUUUCAGCUGCAAGGUGUACUAUCGCAAGCUCAAAACCCUCUGGGGCAAGGAGCAGAAGGGCCGGCCGGGAGACAGGCUUUCCUCAGGCAGCUGCCAGGCCUUCAAGUAG